UGCACAGGGAUUUCCUUGCAAGCACGCGUUGCAGAUGUUCUAGACCAACACCUGGAAGGUCUUAGCGUGGAUAAGCUGGCUGAAGCAGUCAACCUCGACGAGAUCGAAAUUGUACGCGUCUUACGAGCUUUGACCCUCAUGGGCUGCUUUAAAGAAGGUAGUACGCAUGCUCGAGGCGUCUUUGCAAACAAUCGAGUAUCUCUCAUACUCAAAUCAUCGAACAACACUGGGUAUUAUACGCGACUUCAUUCUCAGGGUGUCUCAAACGCCGCCCGAGUUUUCUACGAUACUAUGAUCGACUUGCAAGAUCACGUGAGGUUGACAAUGCACCCCGGCUAUUUGGCCUCCAGAAGCGGGUAUGAAGGGUAA